UGUUGUGCCCGCGCCCCGCCGCCGCCGCCGCUGCUCGGCGCCCCUCGCCCGCUCCCCGCGACCUGGCGCGGCCGCCGCCCAUGGAUUUCACCUAGCGGGGGCGGCCAUGGCGGCGCAGUGCUGCUGUCGCAAGGCGCCGGGUGCCGAGGCCGCGCCCGCACGCCCGCCGCCCGAGCCGCCGCCCGCCCUGGACGUGGCCUCGGCCUCCAGCGCGCAGCUCUUCCGCCUCCGCCACCUGCAGCUGGGCCUGGAGCUGCGGCCCGAGGCGCGCGAGCUGGCCGGCUGCCUGGUGCUCGAGCUGUGCGCGCUGCGGCCCGCGCCCCGCGCGCUCGUGCUCGACGCGCACCCGGCCCUGCGCCUGCACUCGGCCGCCUUCCGCCGCGCCCCCGCCGCCGCCGCCGCCGCCGCCGCCGCCGCGCCGCCCUGCGCCUUCGCCUUCGCCGCCUCCGGGCCCGGGCCCGGGCCCGCGCCGCCGCUGCCCGCCUUCCCCGAGACUCCCGGCGCCGAGCCCGCCUGCUGCCCGCUGGCCUUCAGGGUGGACCCGUUCACCGACUACGGCUCCUCACUCACCGUCACGCUGCCGCCGGAGCUGCAGGCGCACCAGCCCUUCCAGGUCAUCCUGCGCUACACCUCGACCGACGCCCCCGCCAUCUGGUGGUUGGACCCUGAGCUCACCUACGGCAGCGCCAAGCCCUUUGUCUUCACCCAAGGCCACUCUGUCUGCAACCGCUCCUUCUUCCCCUGCUUCGACACGCCCGCCGUCAAGUGCACCUACUCAGCCGUUGUCAAGGCGCCGCUGGGGGUGCAGGUGCUGAUGAGUGCCACGCAGAGCACCUACGUGGAGGAGGAGGGUGUCUACCGCUUCCACAUGGAGCACCCCGUGCCCGCCUACCUCGUGGCCCUUGUGGCUGGGGACCUCCAGCCGGCAGACAUCGGGCCCAGGAGCCGGGUGUGGGCCGAGCCGUGCCUCCUGCCCACGGCCACCAGCAAGCUGUCAGGCGCAGUGGAGCGGUGGCUGAGCGCUGCUGAGCGACUGUACGGGCCAUACAUGUGGGGCAGGUACGACAUCGUCUUUCUGCCCCCGUCCUUCCCCAUCGUGGCCAUGGAGAACCCCUGCCUCACCUUCAUCAUCUCCUCCAUCUUGGAGAGUGAUGAGUUCCUCGUCAUCGAUGUCAUCCACGAGGUGGCCCACAGCUGGUUCGGCAACGCUGUCACCAAUGCCACGUGGGAGGAGAUGUGGCUGAGCGAGGGCCUGGCCACCUACGCCCAGCGCCGCAUCACCACCGAGACCUACGGUGCCGCCUUCACCUGUCUGGAGACAGCCUUCCGCCUGGACGCCCUGCACAGGCAGAUGAAGCUCCUCGGAGAGGACAGCCCAGUCAGCAAGCUGCAGGUCAAGCUGGAGCCAGGAGUGAAUCCCAGCCACCUGAUGAACCUGUUCACCUAUGAGAAGGGUUACUGCUUCGUGUACUACCUGUCCCAGCUCUGUGGGGACCCCCAGCGCUUUGACGACUUUCUCCGGGCCUACGUGGACAAGUACAAGUUCACCAGCGUGGUGGCCCAGGACUUGCUGGACUCGUUUCUGAGCUUCUUCCCGGAGCUGAGGGAGCAGAGCGUGGACUGCCGGGCAGGGCUGGAGUUUGAGCGCUGGCUCAAGGCCACGGGCCCACCGCUGGCAGAGCCGGACCUGUCCCAGGGCUCCAGCCUGACCCGGCCCGUGGAGGCCCUCUUCCAGCUGUGGACCGCGGAACCCCUGGACCAGGCGGCCGCCUCGGCCAGUGCCAUCGACAUCUCCAAGUGGAGGACCUUCCAGACGGCGCUGUUCCUGGACCGGCUCCUGGACGGGUCCCCGCUGCCCCAGGAGGUGGUGAUGAGCCUGUCUAAGUGCUACUCCUCCCUGCUGGACUCCAUGAACGCCGAGAUCCGCAUCCGCUGGCUGCAGAUCGUGGUCCGAAACGACUACUACCCUGACCUGCACAGGGUUCGCCGCUUCCUCGAGAGCCAGAUGUCCCGCAUGUACACCGUCCCGCUGUACGAGGACCUCUGCACUGGCGCCCUCAAGCCCUUCGCCCUGGAGGUCUUCUGCCAGACGCAGGGCCGGCUACACCCCACCCUGCGCAGGACCAUCCAGCACAUCCUGUCCCAGGGCCUGGGCCCGGGCACGGAGCCUGGCACAGAGCCCAGAACGGAGCAGGGCAGCGCCGGAGCAGACUCGGGUGCGGACGCAGACGCGCCGGCCCUGCUGCUCGGGGACGAGGCCCCCAGCAGCACCAUUUCUCUCAGGGACGUCAACGUGUCUGCCUAGCCCUGGCCUCCCAGACACCAUAAUGUGCCUUCUGUGGCCCGGGCCGGCCAGGACUACACCUCAGCUCUGGCUGUGAGCUCUGCCCGGGCCCACACAUCCCUCCUGCGGGCUCCCCCAGGGGCCUCCUUGUGGCCAGCUGAUGCCUGUGGACCUCGUCCUCCCCAGCUCUCUUGCACUGCAGGCCCUGGAGCAGCCAGCACACGCCAUGCCCUCCCGUCUCAACACUGACCGCCGGGCACUGCCCCUGGGGUGCUAGCCCUGCAGUUCCCCGGCGAUUGCCACAUCGUGCCUUAUGUCCUGCUGGGAGGCCUGGGCUGCGCUGUCCUCAUAGCGUGCCUCCUCCCUGUGGAGCCCUGCACCCUGCCCCUGGGGUUGCAGCCUCGGUUGGUCCCUGGCAGAGGGACAAGGACACAGACAUGCCCUCCAUGUGGGGGCAGGGGACACUGAGGAGAGGGUGGACAUCUGGGGAGGGGCCCCCAGAAAGCCUUAGCCCCUCAGGGAACAGGGUCUCAGGCCCCAGGGGAAUGGGACAGGAUAAUCUGCCUUGGUUGCCUGGGGCCAGAGCAGCAAUACCCCGCCAGGGAAGAGGGCGGGUGGCGCCGGUGCUGUGUAGGCCCACCAUGCGGGAGACGCCUGGGGACCUGGGGUCAGAGCUGGGCCACCCAGAGCUGCUGCAACGAGGUCACCGUGAUCGUCCCAUUAAACCCCCACUCUGCAGACGA